CUGUACGCUUACUCGUUGUGCCGACUUUACCGAUCGCGCCCUCAGAACAUACCACCUCCGGAGUUCGACCCCAGAGGUGCAAGGCAGACAGAAGGAGCACGGCUGUAAAAGCAAGGAUGCCCGCUGUCGUCAGAGAAGCAGGGUUGGAAGGGAUGGUGACGCUUGAAGCACGGCGGUGGGAUCAGGGAGACAACCGAGCGGUCGUAUCACCUACAGCCAUGGCUUUCUUGAUUCCGGUUCUGGUAGUAUUCUUCUUUGCGCCUUUCCUGUGUGUGUUCUGUAUUCGAAGACGAAGACGCGAUACACCGGUCAGACAACGUGCGCGUGCCCCAAUUAAGUUACCUGCACUAGAACGUUCAGAAGCCAGGGAGCGAUUGCAAUCAGUCGUGGAAGUGUCGAGUGUCAUUGAAAACGAAAAGGCGGCAUGUGUGGACAGAGUUGAGGAGAAGAUCGCCUCCGAUAGCGAAUCUACCCUCGAAAAAGAAUGUGCAAUCUGCCUCUCAUCGUUACGUGCGCCUUCUCCGCCAGAGCCCGCGAAGCUGAGUAACGAGUCUACACUUGUUGAUGAGGCUGUAAUGGCGCCAGCUAGAUCAGAAUACGAACAAGAGGAGAUACUGAAGCUGAAGGAUUGUGGCCACGAAUUUCAUGCAGAAUGUCUGAUAUCUUGGGUUGUACUGCACAAAAAGAGUUGCCCUAUUUGUCGGACGGUCUUCUAUCAGGAGGAACCUGAGAAGGAAACGGAUGUCGAGGCGCAAACGACAAGCGCAGAUGCCGCGCCGACUGUGCCAGAUCGACCUACAACGCCUCCUGUAACGAACUGGCACUACUUCUGGACCGGCCGAAAUGAAAGGCAGAACCAUACUGAGCCAGGUGUGCGAUCGAGUUGGCAGCAAUUCCGUAAUUUCCGCUCCUGAAGCUCAAUCGUUAG